CCGUUGGCUGACUUCCGGCGGCACAGAGGCUGAGUCUCCGCGGCAUCAGGCAGGCUGGAUGGAACAAAAGUGGGACUUUUAAAAUGUUGCCCUGUAAGAAGAGAAGAACUACAGUGACAGAGUCCCCACAGCAUCAGGGCAACCAGGAGGAAGAUGACUUAGACCUAGAGGCAGCUGGUAAACCAGAAUCUCACCAGGUUAAAGACUUGGGGUCAGUGUCACUAUCCUGGGGUCUAAGUCAUGGCAGAGCAGCUGGUCUUGAAGUACAAUCUAUGCAGGAUGCAGAAAAUCAGCUUGGUAUAGAGGAUCCAUCUUCAGACUCUAGGGUACUCACCCAGGACACAAAUGUACCCGUUCUAGAAGCUGUUGAUGUGCCCACCUCUCAGGGAAUCACCCUACCUUCCUUGGAGUCUUCCCAGCCCCUUAAUAUACUCUUUGGUAAAGGAAAACUCCAGGCCACUGGCCCAAGGAGAGGGAAGAAAAUAACAGUCAGGCCUGGGCCAGUUACCCAAGAAGACAGAGGUGAUGACCCUAUCACAAAGGAGCCUUUUUCAGGAGAGCCUAGUGAAGAAGUGAAGGAUGAAGGAGGAAAACCUCAAAUGUUUUGUGGAGGGGAGAUGCCUUCACUGCCAUCAGGCAGCCAUUCUGCAAAACCAGGAUCCCAGCCUAAGAAUGCAUCUCAGCCAGAUGUUUGUGCCUCUCCUCAAGAAAAGCCACUCAGGACUCUAGCACACCAAGCUGAGGAAGAGGUAGAGGAUGGUGGACUCUUCAUUCCAAUGGAAGAGCAAGACAAUGAAGAGAGUGAGAAAAGGCGAAAAAAGAAGAAAGGCACCAAGAGGAAACGAGAUGGAAGGGGUCCAGAAGAAGGGACUUUGGCUUAUGACCUGAAACUGGAUGACAUGCUUGACCGUACCUUAGAGGAUGGCGCCAAGCAGCACAACCUAACAGCUGUCAACGUGCGAAACAUCCUCCAUGAAGUAAUCACAAAUGAACAUGUGGUAGCCAUGAUGAAAGCAGCCAUCAGUGAAACAGAAGAUAUGCCAAUGUUUGAGCCCAAAAUGACACGCUCUAAACUGAAGGAAGUGGUGGAAAAAGGAGUGGUAAUUCCAACUUGGAAUAUUUCACCAAUUAAGAAGGCCAAUGAAAUUAAGCCUCCUCAAUUUGUGGAUAUCCACCUGGAAGAAGAUGACUCCUCAGAUGAAGAGUACCAGCCAGAUGACGAAGAAGAAGAUGAGACUGCUGAAGAGAGUUUAUUGGAAAGCGAUGUUGAAAGCACUGCUUCGUCUCCACGUGGGGCAAAGAAAUCCAGAUUAAGGCAGUCUUCUGAGAUGACUGAAACAGAUGAGGAGAGUGUCAUGUUAUCAGAGGCUGAGAAAGUUACCACACCAGCCAUCAGGCACAUCAGUGCUGAGGUAGUGCCCAUGGGGCCCCCGCCACCGCCAAAGCCCAAACAGACCAGGGAUAGUACUUUCAUGGAGAAGCUGCAUGCUGUAGAUGAGGAGCUGGCUUCCAGUCCGGUCUGCAUGGAUUCUUUCCAGUCCAUGGAUGACAGUCUCAUUGCAUUCCGAACCCGCUCUAAGAUGCCUCUGAAAGAUGUUCCCCUGGGGCAACUAGAGGCAGAGCUCCAAGCUCCAGACAUCACCCCAGACAUGUAUGACCCCAAUACAGCAGACGAUGAGGACUGGAAGAUGUGGUUGGGGGGACUCAUGAAUGAUGAUGUGGGGAAUGAAGAUGAGGCAGAUGAUGAUGAUGAUCCAGAAUAUAAUUUCCUGGAAGACCCUGAUGAACCUGACACGGAGGAUUUCCGCACUGACCGAGCAGUGAGAAUCACCAAAAAGGAAGUGAAUGAGCUGAUGGAAGAGCUGUUUGAAACUUUCCAAGAUGAAAUGGGAUUCUCCAACACAGAAGAUGAUGGCCCAAAGGAGGAGGAGCGUGUGGCUGAGCCUCGGCCUAAUUUUAACACCCCUCAAGCCCUGCGGUUUGAGGAACCACUGGCCAAUUUGCUAAAUGAACAACAUCGCACAGUGAAGGAGCUGCUUGAACAGCUGAAGAUGAAGAAAUCUUCAGCCAGACAGCAGCAAGAAGCUGAGAGGGUUAAGCCCCAGAGUGAGAAAGUUCAACAGACUCUGAUUCUAGACCCAGGCCAGAGAAGGAGACUCCAGCAGCAGAUGCAGCAGCAUGUGCAGCUCUUGACGCAAAUUCACCUUCUCGCCGCCUCCAAUCCCAGUCUCAGUUCAGAGGCCAGUACCACCAGGAUAUUUCUUAAAGAGCUGGGAACCUUUGCUCAAAGCUCCAUCGCUCUUCACCAUCAGUUCAACCCCAAGUUUCAGACCUUGUUCCAGCCUUGUAACCUGAUGGGAGCUAUGCAGCUCAUUGAAGACUUCAGCACACAUGUCAGCAUUGACUGGAGUCCUCGUAAAACUGUCAAGAAGACUGCCUGUGAAUUUCCCUGUUUGCCAAAGCAAGUGGCUUGGAUCCUGGCCACAAGCAAGGUUUUCAUGUAUCCAGAGCUACUUCCAGUGUGUUCUCUGAAGGCAAAGAAUCCCCAGAAUAAGAUUUUAUUCACGAAGGCUGAGGACAAUUUGUUAGCUUUAGGACUGAAGCACUUUGAAGGGACUGAGUUUCCUAAGCCUCUAAUCAGCAAGUACCUUCUAACCUGCAAGACUGCCCAGCAGCUGACACUGAGGAUCAAGAACCUUAACAUGAACAGAGCUCCUGACAACAUCAUUAAAUUUUAUAAGAAGACCAAGCAGCUGCCCAUCUUAGUGAAGUGCUGUGAAGAGAUACAGCCGCAUCAGUGGAAGCCACCCAUAGAGAGGGAAGAACAUCGGCUUCCAUUCUGGUUGAAGGCCAGUCGGCCGUACAUCCAGGAAGAGCUGCGGCACAUACCUGAUGGUGCCGGGGAGGCAGGAAAUGAGACUGGAGCCACUGAGGUCAACUCAGACCCAGGCCUAGGGAAAGGCAGCUUGGAACUGGGGAGUGAAACUCCGUACCCGCUGCUGUUGCCUAAGGGUGUAGUCCUAAAACUGAAGCCAGUUGCCAACCGCUUUUCCAGAAAGGCAUGGAGACAGAAGCGGUCGUCAGUCCUGAAGCCUCUCCUUAUUCGACCUAGUCCCUCUGUCCAGCCUAGCUCCAACUUUGGGAAAACACCAGCGAGGUCAACUCAGUCAGAAGCCCCUCCAAGCAAAAUGGUGGUCCAGAUUCCUACCAUGAUCCAGCCAGCCACUGUCUUACAGACAGUCCCAGGUGUCCCUCCACUGGGGAUCCCUGGAGGUGAUAGUGUGGACACUGUCUUCCCUCUGCCUGAGUCCCAGACCGUGGUCUCCUCUACCCCACUACUCGUGCCCAAGCUAAUGCUGCCCUCUCUUGCCCCUUCUAAAUUUCGAAAGCCAAGUGUGAAACGAAGAACUUCAAAGAGGAAGGGGGCCAAGACCUCUGUCUGUCUGAAGCCUGCCCCCCUCAUCCACCCUGCGCCUGUCAUUUUCACUGUCCCUGCCACCACCGUGAAGGUUGUGAGCCUUGGCAGUGGCUGCAAUGUGAUCCAACCUGUCAAUGCAACUGUGGCCCCAACUUCUCAGACCAUUCCCAUCACCACACUCUUGGUUAACCCUGCUUCCUUCCCCUGCCCAUUGAACCAGCCUCUUGUGGCUUCCUCUGUGCCACCCUUAAUUGUUUCUGGGAACUCUGUGAAACUUCCUGUGCCAUCCACACCUGAAGAUAAGGCCCAAGUGAAUAUGGAUGUUGGUUGUCCUUUGGCUGAAGGGAAAAAUGCCUUUCAAAGCCUAGAACCUAAGUUAGAGCCCCAGGAACUGUCUCCUGUCUGUGCUCCUGUUUUCCUGAAGGAGGAGCGCAGCCCAGGCCCUCCCCCAGCAGGUGGAGCAUGCCAGGAGGAAUUGUCAGAGAACAACGUCUAUAGCUGGACUAUCGUGAAAACAGAGGAGGGGAGGCAAACCCUGGAACUACUGCCUCAGGGCUUCCAGGAAUCGCUGAACUCUCCCCCUGGGAAUUUAGAGGAAGUUGUCAAGAUGGAACCUAAAGACCCUGGGGAGGAAAUCGCCAGUGGAUCCUCAGAGCAGGACAUGGGUGAUGAAGUCAAAGAAGAGCGCUCUGCAGAGCUGGGCACUGGCUUCUCAAGUGAGGAGUCAGGCGGUGCUAGAGAGGUGAAGAAACAGUCAGUCCUCCAGGGGGAGGAGGAGAGGAGUCCACCGGCUAAAGCCUCGUCAGCUUCUCAGGAGCCUCCUGCUGAAGGAAACUCAGGGGAUGCGAGCAAAAGCUCUCCAAAGACUGCUUCUUCCUCCACUGACCCUGAGGUGGUGCUUAGCAGCCCCCCUGGGAAGCCUGAAGACUCAUCCAGCGUUGAUGGCCAGUCAGUGGGGACCCCAGCUGGGCCGGAUACUGGAGGAGAGAAGGAUGGGCCAGAGGAAGAGGAAGAAGAGGACUUCGACGACCUUACCCAGGAUGAGGAAGAUGAGAUGUCGUCAGCCUCUGAGGAAUCUGUGCUCUCGGUCCCAGAACUCCAGGAAACCAUGGAGAAACUGACUUGGCUUGCGUCUGAAAGGCGCAUGAGUCAGGAGGGUGAAUCUGAGGAAGAGAACUCCCAGGAGGAGAACUCGGAGCCUGAGGAAGAAGAAGAAGAAGAAGCAGAAGGAGCAGAAAGCCUGCAGAAGGAGGAUGAAAUGACAGGUGAAGCAACUGGAGACCCUGCCGAGAAGCCGCCUGCCACCUUUUCCUCACCCAGGACCCCUCCGGAAGUGGAGGCCGGCAGGACCUCAGCAGGAGAGCACAUCAAAGCUGCUGGGAAGGGCAGAAGCAGUCAUCGAGCUCGCAGCAAGCGGGGAAGUCGGGCCCGGGCCAGCAAGGACACCUCCAAGCUGCUGUUGCUGUAUGAUGAGGACAUUCUUGAGCGGGAUCCACUCAGGGAGCAGAAGGAUCUGGCCUUUGCUCAGGCUUAUCUCAUCAGGGUACGAGAGGCCCUGCAACAUACCCCUGGCAAGUAUGAGGACUUCCUUCAGGUCAUCUACGAAUUUGAGUCCAGUACUCAGAGGCAGACAGCUGUGGACCUCUACAAAAGCCUGAAAAUUCUGCUCCAAGACUGGCCUCAGCUGUUGAAGGACUUUGCUGCUUUCCUGUUGCCUGAGCAAGCUCUGGCCUGUGGUUUAUUUGAGGAGCAGCAGGCUUUUGAGAAGAGUCGCAAGUUUCUUCGGCAGCUGGAAAUUUGCUUUGCGGAGAAUCCCUCGCACCACCAGAAGAUUAUCAAGGUCCUCCAAAGCUGUGCAGACUGCCUGCCGCAGGAGAUCAUGGAGCUCAAGACACAGAUGUGGCAGCUGCUCAAGGGCCACGACCACCUGCAGGAUGAGUUCUCCAUCUUCUUUGACCAUCUACGCCCAGCGGCUAGCCGGAUGGGUGACUUUGAAGAGAUAAACUGGACUGAAGAGAAGGAGUAUGAGUUUGAUGGCUUUGAAGAAGUGGCACUGCCUGAUGUGGAAGAGGAAGAGGAGCCCCCCAAGAUACCCACAGCCUCGAAGAGCAAGAGAAGAAAAGAGAUGGGGGUCCAAAAUCAUGAUAAGGAGGCUGAGUGGCCAGAUGGGGUCAAGGACUGUGCCUGUUCCUGCCACGAAGGAGGCCCUGAUUCCAGGCUGAAGAAGAGCAAAAGGAGAAAUUGUAGCCGCUGUGGCAGCAAGGUCUGUGACAGCAGAUCCUACAAGAGCAAGGAGCCGCCCGAGCCAGUGGGCAGCAGCCCCCACCGAGAGGCCAGUCCUAUGCCUGGUGCUAAGGAAGCUGGGCCCGGCAAGGACGCGAUGGAGGAGGAAGCCGCAGGGGAGCGAGGAAGCACUGAGGCAGCCCAGAGCAGGACCGGCAGGAGCACCAGAAGGGGAGAGGUGUCCGUUCCAGGAUUAGCAGUGGGGAAUACGUGGCCGUCCCCUCAAGAAGUGACUCCUACAGACCGGCCCCUCCUGGAUGGCUUGCCACCCUGCUCACCAGAGACUCCUCAGCUUCCUUCCAAAACCGGAGCUGUGCCACGUACCAUCAGGAGAAGCCAGGCCGGGCCUGAGGUUCCCUCACGCCCAGCAGCAUCCCCCAAACCUCAGAAUGAGGGGGAGGGUCCUAAAGCAGUGGGUGCGUCAGAGGCUUCCAUGCUGGUCUGGGAUGCCUCAGAGACUGAGAAACAGCCUGGAACUGUUGAACCCGCUGCUUCCUCCCCAAGUCCUGUUUCCUCAAGGACCAGAGACUUAGGGAGAAGACAGGUGUCCGGGAAACCAGAGACUCAAGAGAGCUGGCUGCCUUCAGACAGGGCUGGGGUGAAAACCGCAGACAGGAUGUUGCCUGGCCAUGAAUCUUUGUCAGGAACUGACACCUCAGAGACUUCUUCCAAAGCCCCUAGACGGGGUCUGGCUAAAGACAGUGGAGUACAGGGCAAGGGGCCAGUGGGGGAGCAGCAGCCCAAGGCCACGGAAGCCACGGUCUGUGCCAACAAUAGCAAGGUCAGCUCCACCGGGGAAAAGGUGGUGCUGUGGACAAGGGAAGCUGACCGCGUGAUCCUCACCAUGUGCCAGGAACAGGGAGCACAGCCACAGACUUUCAGCGGCAUCUCCCAGAGGCUGGGAAACAAGACCCCCUCCGAGGUUUCCCACCGUUUUCGAGAACUCGUGCAGCUCUUCCACAGCGCCUGCGAGGCCAGCUCUGAGGACGAGGAGGACGCGGCCAGCACGGGCAAUGCGGACCAGCUGUCUGACCGCGGGGACCUACUGUCUGAGGAGGAACCGGAUGAGUGAGACUCGGAGGUGUGGGUGUCGUCUGCACUGGAUCAAAACCAACCGGCGGACAGAGAGGGUGGUCAUACUGCGCUUGUAGCACCUUGAGCUCAGUGUGCAGAGCAGGAGGAGCAGGUGCGAGGACUAGGAAGUCUGAGGUCUUUUCUGAAGACCUUAGAAACCUACUUUGUGAAUAGCAUUGAGGGAGAGUGGGGUUCACCUCCUUUUCUACCUUUUCCUGCCCAGUCUGAUGGUACAUAUUUAUUGUCCUGUGAUCUAAUCACAGUGUUUCUAAAUGUAAUAAAACUCAUAUGUUGGUACAGCCAGUCCCAAGACACCACACUU